AUGCGCCCAACACUCUUCAUCUUCUUCUUUCUCUCUCUCGCCUUCGGCGCCGCCACUACUCUAAACAUUACCGUCAUCAACGCCCAAAACAACAGCUCCACCCUCGAAUGCUGGGCCCUCGAGCCAGGAUUCCAGACUUCCUCACAAGCUGGCACAUCAGGCACUCAGGCAUUGAAUCUAGGUCCCAUCGGAGGCGCGGGUGUCAAUGCGACGUAUACCGUCCUUCCGGCAGGCUUUGACGGGGGGAGACACAAUGCUCCCGCGAAGCAAUGGGUAAUAUUUCUCUCUGGGCUGGCACAUAUCACCCUCCCCAACUCAACAACCGAAGCCUGGAUCACCGGUGGCAGGUACGGGGCUAUCCUUGCUCUGGAUACGGUGGAUGUUAGUGGAUUGGGCCAUAUCACUAGAUACCCCUCGACGGGGGAGACGGUUGCCGUACAGAUUCCACUUGGUGAAGCUGGUGUAGUACCCGGGCAUGAGGUUUUGUAUGAGGGAGGCUGUGUUGGGGAAGAGAUUUCUGAGUGA